CGCCGCCUCAGACGGUGGUCCUUCCGCCGCUUCUUCAGACCAUUUUCUCGCUUGCCUCCACUCGUCCAAAUCUAUCCUCACCAUCUUUUCAGACCAAAUUGCCGAUUCAACGCUCUCACUCACCAUCCUUCUCCGAAAUCCCUCAGCAAUCUCACCCAGUCACAAACCGCGAAAGGAUUGAUGCAGGGGCACUCUCUUCCACCUCAGUCCUGGCCAUCGAGUCGGCCUCACUUCCAAUUGCACCCCCAGACCAAGCACGCCAUGUGGAACUGAGACCUUACCCUCAUCUAAGGUUCUCUCUCGAAGGUAAGACCUUCUUACUUACUCCUUCUAUUUACAACAAGAAGAUCUACAUUAAUGAAUUUCUGGGGAGGAAACGCUACAAUAUAUGGCUUGGUUUGGACACUUGCGCUUGGUUGCUGGAGAACCUGUGUUCAGUCAACUCGAAGGGGAAGCUGGGGUCAACGAGUUGUAGAGAAAGGAAUAGACGGUUACACUUACAGUUUCAAUCCUCUAGUUUCAGGAACCACAUCAAACUGUGUGAAUUUCACCAGGAUGGGAAAAUCUGGGUUUUCAUCCCUGAAGGCUCUCAAGGGUGGCUUUGCCUCCUUUACCUCUUAUUUUAAGAAAACUUUUGAUUACCUUUAAACUUUCGUUCCCCCUCCCCCUCUGUUUUUGGAUAUGGCUGUGGUGUGUGCCUCGGUUUCUAAACCAACAUACCAACCACCUAUUUCCAUCUCUGCAACUCUUCUCUCAUUUGAUUUACCAUGUCUUGACUCCCACAAGCCUUUAGAAACUGUUACCUUUCAAACCUCAAGCUUGUUUACAGCCAAUGGAGCUUCUCCCCCUCCCACAUCCUUUCCCCAUCCUCGUGCCAACUCACUCUCAGCCUCUGCUGAAGACUUCACUCCUAGAACUUCUGAUCCUACCACACUUGCCAACCCCCCUCACUUCUUAGGACGCUCAAAUUCAGACAAUGACCUCGAAUCAUCUCAAUGGGGUUACAAUGUGUGUUAUAACUCCGGGCCUGAGAUCAAACACUCUGGCAAAAAUCUUAAAUCUCCUUCCUCCGAGGAGGAAUGGGAGACAGACAGAGGCUCUGAAGAUGAAGUUUGGCUUGCCGAUAAAGAGGCAAACAUGAAGAGAAAUAACAAAAAAUUCAACCAAAUUUGCUUGCAAAUCCAGGAUACUCCACACCAAAGAAGAAGGAGCAAACGCCUCUCAAACUUGAAAGCUCGCAAUAACCUGUAUUAAUUUGGUUGAAGUGGACUGCUACAAUUACUAUGAUUACCCUUAUUUUACUCAUAAGAACUUUUUGGAAGUUCUUUGUGUGUUUUCUUGGUUUGUUAUCGUUUAUAUUUUCUUCAAAAUUUUAGAGAAGCCAUCUUGCAGUUGUUAAGGCCAUUUAUAUUGGCUCCAGCCCCCAAACUUCAGAUUCUAGCUUGGAAUGGGAAGCUGGGUUUUGGAAGCAGCACUUUGGCAGGGCUUCAGUUAGGACUUAGCAAUUUUUAGGGAAAUCUCUUGGAAUUAUGGAUAGUCUAGAUUAAGAUUGAUGGAACGGGGAGCAUCUUCUAUCCAGGCCUUUUUUGGGAUCCAUUAAUUUCCUUUCAAUGUUGGGCUCUUGUUCAAUGUUCAAUGCAGCAGUUUCUUGAGAUUAGGAGAUUUAUGUGGAUGUGGUGGAAAUUCUGGAUGCUGAUCUUUACAAGCAGAAGGAACAGAAUGCAAGACUAGAUUCGGGCCAUGCUUCUGUUUUGGUUCUCGCUGGUAGUGAGCAAUUAUUAAAGUGUUGUUUGCUAGUUUGUGGGUUGUACUGUUUCCCUUUUGUUUUGGUCUGUUCCUUUCUUUAGUGCUUUGGUUUUUUCUCUUGUGGUUUUUUUGGCCUUGU